UCGUGUACGUUCUAAUUUGCGCUACACUUGCUCAAAAGAAAUUGAAAACUUUUCUCUAUCCGUUAAUCUGUUACUCCAUAGCACUAUAGCAGAAUAAUGUCUACUCUUGGAUAAGCCAACUCUAAAGGAUAACUCCAGUCUCUCCUCCUAGCUACUACUAUGGCAUCCUUUUCUUGUUCAAUUUCCUCUCCAUUUACCCCAAAACUUCUUUCUCACAACAAAUAUCAACCAAUUUUUCUUCCAUCUUCAAACUUCCGCACAAUUCCAACAUUUUACAGCAUCAAAAAUCAUCCCAAAUAUUCAAUUAAAGCAACUACAACCCCAACUUCUGUCCCAGACUUGGAGAUAGCAGAUGAGGAUUCAUUGGGUAUCGACAAUCUUCAUCGUUUUGUUCAAAUUAAUCUCGGAAGUUGGGCUGGUUCUUUCUAUCAAUUUGAUGCUAAUGGAAAGCUUCUGCAUAAAGUGACUACUCGGCUCUCUGCUGGCUCUUAUGGUGAAGAUGAGCUCAUUAGCCUCAUUCAGACGUUGUACAUAAAACAGCCUGUAUCAAGCACAUCCAUUUCUGGUGAUGAGGAGGAGACAGAGUGGGCAGAGUACAAAAUCAAAGAAAGCAACAUGUUUACUGUGGACAAGUAUCAACAGAUUGGCUUCUUUCCAAAUGAGAGGGCAUUUGCCCUAAGAUACCAGACUGCUGGUAUGUUAGAAACAGUGUUAAGACAGGGGGUUCUUGGGGAAGAUGACACCGGUGAAGAAUCUCCCAAAAACUUGAAGCUGCCCUCUUCGCGGCCAUCUAUUGUCUGUGAGAAUUGCCUUUAUUCUAUCAAUAAAGAUAUGCGAGCUAGAGCAUUCCAUAUCAUGGACCCAAAAGGAAUUCUAGAAAUGCUUCUUAUAUUUCUUGAAGAGAGAGGAAGCAUUGUUGAUGCACCCCCUUCCUUAGAGGAUAACAGUAACAGGCUUUUACCUUUUCUUGGUCGAUGGAAGGGUAGUUCAGUCACCAAACGCAGUGGUGUGUAUGGUGCAACAAUGGCUGAGCAUGAUACAGUUGCUUCACUAGAAAUUGAUGAAAAUGGUCUGUUGAUCCAGGACAUAAGUUCAACUGUCAAAGGAAGUGAUGUCACUGCUAAUGUUCAAUGGACGGGCACGAUGCAGGACAACCUGAUAAAGUUUGACAAAGGUUUCCAGUUAACUUUGUUGCCUGGAGGUAUGUAUAUGGGAUGCCCUACUGAUAUAGCGAAGAGUGUGGCUGAACUAAAGUCAUUUCAUCUUGAGUUUUGUUGGCUUGAGUCUCCUGAUAAAAGGCAGAGAUUGGUACGCACAUUCGAUGCUGAAGGUUUGGCCGUAUCUUCAACUUACAUUUUUGAGACAAAAAUAUAAUCUUUGAUAAAUGUUGUAUAGCUUUAUUUCGUCUUUUAGUUAUAUAGAACUAUAUCUUAAGGGUUUAUGCUGUACCUUUGGAGAUUUGACCAACUAUGGCUUUAGGAAUAAUCAAUACAUUUUUAUAAAUUAAUAGAGAAAUUCAGCCAGGCAUUAUUUA